AUGUUUAAACUUGUAGUAUUAACGUUGUUGAUUGAAGUGCAAUCAAAGCAGACUGAUCACUGUCCUCGUGGAUGUAGUUGUGUUGAUAACGCGGAAGUAUUUUGUCCAUCAUCUGCUGCAGUUGAUCAGAUAUUCACGAUUGCUUUUGGGGAUCACUUUCGGAGCAGACUCCGUAAAUUGUCCAUUGUGAACAAUUCAAUUCCCAAUCCAGUCCCUCUACCCUUAUUCGACCACUUACAGUAUUUGGAUCUUUCGUCGAAUGGUAUCAAAUCAUUUAAUACGCCUGCACAAAGCAUAUAUCCAACUGUGACCACUUUAAUUUUGCGCGCCAAUAAAUUUCGAGUAUUAAAAAGAGAUGCCUUCCUGAUGUUUCCGAAUGUUGAACUCAUCGAUCUCAGUCAUAAUGAGCUCUCGAAUAUUGACUGGGAAGCAUUUAGACUAUUUAAACUGAAACGGCUGUCACUCGCUUACAAUAACUUAUUGAGUGCGGUCAAUUUCGCAAAUAAUAUGAUUCGGCGCUUUGAUUAUGAUUCUUUUUCGACACUUUAUCAGAUUGAAAUGAUCGAUUUAUCAUUCAACGAACUCAGUGCAAUACCUGGUGGAGAUUUACGUCAAUUCAUAGGUCUACGCACCCUUCAUCUUGACGGUAAUUAUUUUGAUAGAAUUGCUGAUGGUGAUUUUGUACUGCCAGCUCUUCAGGAGCUCACUAUUUCAAAAUGCUUAUCGUUGCGCCUCGUUGAGAGGAAUGCCUUUUCCUUGCUACCAUCACUACGUCGUCUCGACUUGAGUGCGAAUGUAAACCUCGUUUUUAUUUCACCACAUCUUUUUUCUAAGAAUAUCACACUUCACAGUUUCAAUGUAUCAAAAGCGGCCCUCCAAACGGUAUCUGAAUCAGUUAUGGCUUCAACAAGUCAUAUUAAUCUUAGUGGUAAUAAGCUGAAAUGCGAAUGUAUCAAAAACACCGUAGGACUGUAUAACAAUCGCAUUUCGGACCGUGACCAAGCCGAAUGCUCAACGCUGUCGGGAGCAUCGAAAAGACUUGCGGAUCUGCGAUCAGUCAACGAAAACUGCACACUGGAAGCGAUCCUUCCUUUUGGCGAUUCCCUGAUCACAUCGGUUGGUGAGAUGUUCUCAAUGUAUUGUGCAUCUCAACAGGUCACUGAUAUUGUCUCGUGGACAUUCCCCAAUGGUACACAAAUUACAGCCGAUCCAGCUGCUGUCGCUUCGUCCACUAAAUUUCUGGAUAUUAACGAGUUUAUCAACAUUAAUCCUCUUCAAAUAACUGCAUAUCCUCGUUACCAAUUCAGUACACAAAUAUUCACACUGAAACCACGCAUAUCUGUCACAACUGAGCAACUCCGAUUUGAAGCCACAUUCGCUGAAGACAGUGGUGAAUAUCGCUGUUCAGUUCGAAGAGGAUCGCAGGUAUCGCACAGGACAAUUCAGCUGAACGUUAUCAGCCCAACGAUCACUUUAUAUGCCCUUGAGGUGAGGCUUGCAGGACAAUUUGCUAAAUUGCCUUCAACUGGUCCUAAAAAGAUUGUAUGUAACAGUAUAUUCAAUGCCGAAUUACAAUUAGAUUUGCCUGCACGACCAGUGCAUGCAACUGAUCGUAUCCACUUAUUGCUGCAUGUAAAAGAUGCAACUGGUCUGGCGAGUAGAACCAUUCAGUUAUCGUUGCACAAUCCCUGGUUCAGCUAUAAUGUUAUGCGAUUGAAACCGAAUCAGAAUUACACAUUUUGUUUGUGCUAUUCGAUGCAAGAAUACGGUAAAGAACGUACAUUGUAUGAAACUUGUGCUGAUCUAAUAACGUCGCCUAAUAUGUCAUUCUUUGAUUCACUUAAUUUACCCACGUCGAGAAUGAAUCAGAGCAUAAGUGGUCAAAGUUUUCUCUCAUCAGCAUCUUCGACUGCUCAUGAACCUCCUUUUUCGGUCACGUACGAAAACCAACUGCCGAUCAGUUUGAAUCAUACGGUAACUAUCUGUCGUAACGAAAGCAAUACAGCAUCGUCGACUGGUCGACGAGGGACAGUAUCGAAUGAUCGAUUAAUAGCAGAAGAUAUGGCCUUGUGA